UCCAUUUAUUCAUUUUAUACUAAACUGGUUCCUGGUUACAUUGUUUUUUUAUUGCGUUAUAUCCAAAUAGAAACCACGUGGGGUCUGCAUAGGAUACCAGCGAAUCACUUAACUGUACCAGCGACAUUUUUUAGACGAAAAGACCGCACAGCAGUACAAAAAUGGGAGUAGAGGUUGCUGUAACAACACCUGGAGAUGGUACAAACUACCCCAAGAAAGGACAGACAGUAAAAGUACAUUAUACAGGAACACUGACUAAUGGCAAGAAAUUCGAUUCAUCACGAGAUAGAGGAAAGCCAUUUGAGUUCAAAAUUGGCACAGGACAAGUUAUCAGAGGAUGGGAUGAAGGAGUUGCUCAGAUGAGUAAAGGAGAGAAGGCCAUUCUGACUUGUUCACCUGAUUAUGCUUAUGGAGACAAAGGAGCUGCAGGAGUAUAUCCUUUAUAAAUAACUUAUCACAAUAGAUAUAAGAAAAUCUGGUAUGAGUGCCAAUGAGACAACUCUCCAUCCAAGUCAAGUAAAGCAUUAUAGGUCAAAGUACAGUCUUCAACACAGAGCCUUGGCUCACACCAAACAUCAAGCUAUAAAGGGUCCCAGAAAUGACUAGUGUAAAACCAUACAGGUUCAGCUGUCCCCAAAAAACCCACAAAAAUUAAUAUCCUAUUACGGUAAAGAAGAAAGCAAUUAGAAAUUCCAUAAUAGAAAACAAAGUUUAGGUGUCUCAUAGAGGUUUAUGUUUAAACAAUCAUAAACAACACACAGUGUCUGUCAACUCUACGGGAUAGUUGUGGAAGGAAGGCUUGAAGUGAUUUUUUCAGGGUCAGUUGCAUAAACAGAUGUUUUGCUUUAUCAUUAUGCAUAUUAUAUGUCUAAGUCAUUAUGGACAGUACUUAAUAGAUGAUACCUUUUUCAAUUUUUCCUUAACUGAUUCCACUAUACCUCCAAAUGCUGUACUGAAGUUUGAUGUAGAACUGAUCGAUUUCAAAUAGACCAAAUCAACAGAUGAAGAUUUUUUAUAUGUAGUCUUUAAGCGUAGUGAUUUUUAUACAAAAUUUUGGAUUUUAAUGGACAUGUUCAAUGUUUGUGCAAUCAAAUCUUUGCUAUUCUCGGUUAAACAACAUUGAAAUUUAAAUAUUCUGUCAGUUAUUGUAUUUUAUAUGUAUGGCAUUAUUAUGCAAAGAGAAUUGUACUAAGGAUAUGAGUAUCAGUAUCAUCUCGGGUUGAAAAUGCUAAUAAUAUGCAUUCUGUUUGUCAGUCAACAAAUACUUUUUAAGAUCAUUUUUGUCAUCACAAUAAAAUCAUUCUACUUUU